AAAAUUAAAUGGCGAUCUGCAAAUCAGUGUUGGUGGUAACAUCAUUCGAAAGGACUAUCCGUUUUGUGGGAAUACCAGGGAAUACUAACAGAGAUAGUGCAUUUUUUUGAUGCGCAAAUACGGUGUGAAUAAUUUGACAUAGCAGUUAUUUGCCAAGAGUGUUGCCAAAAUGAAUUCUGACGAUGAAAGUUCAAGUAGUAGCAAUGAAUUUUUGGUUUCGGCUGAUAAGAUAAAUUUCAACUCCUCUUUCUUUGAUAAACCGAAACCUAACCUCAAAACUGAAUCGGUAGUUACUUCUGUAGAUUCUGAGGAUGAAUUUGAAGAUGUCAACAAUACAAAUUCUGCUGAAGUUAUUACGCAAACAUUGAAAAACCUAGAGAAUUGGGAGAAACAUGAAAUUGCUGCUAGACAGCAGGAAGGAAAUGAUACAAAAAAAGAGGAUGAGAACAAAAAGGCGAUAUCUAGAUCGAGUCUCCUUUCAAAAGAAAUUGAGGAUCUUUUACUUCUGGGAGAGACUCCAGUCACAUUAUCUAAUUACAAAGUUGAACAUGAUGAUACAGGGAGUAAUACAGAUGCUGAUAUGGAAGAAUCAGAAGCUCAACAGGCAUCGGACUAUAUCAUUCCAGAGGGAGGUGUAACGAUUACGCUUCCCGGAAAUAAUAUUAUGUUUAAUAGGAAAAAAAGGAACCGUAGGGACCUGGAAACUUUGCUUAAAAAUCGCAUGAAUCAACAAUUACGGACUAAUCAACUUCUAAUCCAUAAAGUUGGAUUACUCUGUUGGCUCUCACAUGGUUUUCAUUUGAAUCAACUUAUUAAUGCACCUGAUAUUCUUUCUGCUGCUGCAGCAAAAGUGUCCUCCUCUAGUUAUCCCAAAGGCAGGCUGGAUCUUGCCUACUUAGAAAAGUUCACAGGCUGGUUUUGUAAAUCCUUUAUUCUAAUGAACAAUAAUGAUGCUCUUAUUACCAAUGAGUCGUUAUUAUCUGCUAUUAAAAAUAAGAAAGUGGCAGACUACAAAGAAUUGGGUUUGCUCUUUGUCGCAACAUUAAGAGGUAUUGGAAUAAAUUGUAGACUUGUUUUAAAUCUUUGUGCACCUCCAUUAAAAGUAAACAGAGAUCAGCUUUUUCAAACAAAGCAAGAACCAUCGUCUAGUAAAGACAAGGUAAAGGAAGAGCCUAGUUCCAAUAUGAUAAGUGAAAAAAAUAUUAAAGAAUCAAAAACUAAAAAGAUGACAAAAAUCAAAGGGCUUAAAAAUUCUAAAACUGUAAGCAGAAAAGAAACGAGAGAAUUAAGAUCUCGAAAUGCUAAAGAUAGAAAAUAUAAAUUAACAACAAAUCAGAUGUCUUCUGAAUCGGAAAGUGAAUCCGAUGCGCCUAAGGAUACACAGAAAAAAAUUUCCACCACAGCAAAAGCCAGUACUUCCAAAGAUUCUAAGUACAGCAAGAGUAAAAAAUUGCUAUCUUCGGACGAGGAAAGUGGCAAUCCUACUAAAAUGAAAAAAGGACAAGAUGUUUGGGCCGAGGUUUAUGUCGAAUCCGAAGAAAGCUGGAUAUGUGUAAGCGUACUGGAGAAGAAGAUACAUUGCGUUACGGAAAUAUAUAAAAAAGCUACGAAUCCCGUUUUGUACGUAGUAGCCUGGAAUUCCUCUGGAACAUUGAAAGACGUGACAAGAAGAUACUGCCCACAAUGGUUAACAGUAACGAGAAAGCAAAGAGUCGAUGAAAAAUGGUGGAGCGAAAGUCUUUCUUACUGGAAAGAGAAAGAAAGUGCCCUGUCCAAGGCUGAGGAUGAAAUGCUUUUGCAAAGGGAAUUGGAGCAGCCUCUACCGAAAACCGUGGGCGAAUGUAAAGGUCAUCCUCUAUAUGCCUUACAAAGACACUUAUUAAAAUACGAGGCAUUAUAUCCACCGGAUGCUGUACCUUUAGGGCAUUUAAAAACUGGAGAGGCUAUUUAUUCUAGGCAUUGUGUACACACACUCUGUUCCAGAGAGACUUGGGUAAAGAAUGCACGGGUUGUGAAACCUGGCGAGGAAUCCUAUAAAAUCGUUAAGGCAAUGCCGAAGUAUGACAAGUUUUCAGGUAUGAUGAUCAAGGAUCAGCCUUUAGAACUCUUUGGUAAAUGGCAAACUACACAGUACGUUCCUCCUGUUGCGAAGGAUGGGAUUGUACCACGAAACGAAUAUGGAAACGUAGAUUUAUUUAAAAUGUGUAUGCUUCCUAAAGGAACAGUGCAUAUUAAUUUACCAGCAUUGAAUCGUGUAGCCAGAAAGUUGAAUAUCGACUGUGCACCAGCUGUCGUCGGCUUCAAUUUUGGCGGAAUGGGCGCAGUGCCAGCAUUUGAAGGCUUUGUCGUGUGCGAGGAAUUUGAAGACACCCUUCGGGAAGCCUGGGAAACGGAACAAAUUGAAGCCGCAAAGCGUGCUCAAGAAAAAAGAGACAAGCGGAUUUAUGGAAACUGGAAGAAAUUGAUAAGGGGUUUGCUAAUUCGUGAGAAAUUAGCAGCGAAGUACGGAUUCGGGAAUAAGGAGGAAAACCAGGAAGAUGAGAGACCUAGUACAAGUACUAAGAGGCCAAAACAGAAGAAAGGAGGAGCAAAAAAGACCAAGAUAUAGCUCGGGUGGAUUAAGGAUAAUCAAAGAUGUUGUGUUAUUUAAUUGAAUUUAAUUUAAUUUAAUCUCUCUCAUAGACCUUAAUUAUGUACAAAUCAUAUCGUUUUAAGUCACGUUAAUAAUUAUGAACUCUUAAUAAUUGUAUAGUGUUAAUCUCGAGGAGUAGAUAAGCUGUAUUUCCCAUAUUGUUAAUUUUGUAUUUUUCUAAUAAAAAGAAUGACUUCAAGAA